UGAUGACCAUCACGGCCCAGAAACUCACCCCAGAGGUUCUCCUCGCGGCGCCGCGGCGCUCCCCGGGGGUGCCCAAUGCCACGGGCGAGCUGGUUCUGUAUACGGUCUCGACAUACUCCUUCGACUCCCACUCCAAGACGGCGCAGAUCCGCGUCCUCAACCUCAAAGAAGGCACGUCGCACCUCGUCUCCGAAGACUCCGCCGCCAGCGAACCGAUCUGGAUUGCCGAGCAGGAGAUUGCCUAUGUCAAGAGCCUCGAUCACGGUGCUUCGGCCCUGGUGGCGCAGCACGUCUUCAACCCGAAUGAGUCAAACACGAUCCAGCGCUUCGGCGGCAGCAUUAACAGCCUCAAGGCCAAGCCGCUGUCCACAGACAAGGUGGCUUUCUGCUGUGCUGCCCUGACGACCCCCGAUGGCCGCAUGUACAGCCCGGCUGCGGAGCCAAAGUCUUACACGUCGGCCAAGAUCUACACAUCCCUCUUUGUGCGGCACUGGGACUCCUGGAACACCGAGAACAAGAACUCGCUCUGGUACGGCCAGCUUAACAAGGUCGACGGCAAGUGGACGCUUGGAAACUCGGAGCUCACCAACCUCCUGGCCGGCACGCGGCUCCAUUCUCCCGUGCCCCCCUUUGGAGGUACCGGUGACUUUGACAUAUCCACGACCGGCAUUGUGUUUGUCGCAAAGGAUCCGGAUCUGAACCAUGCGAGAACAACCAAGACGGACCUGUACUUUGUUCCACUAAAUUCAUACUUGGACCAGCCAACAUUUCCCCAGAUUGUCAAGACGGGAGCGCUGCGAGGCUAUUCGCUCUCUCCCGUGUUUUCGAAUGAUGGGAAACAGGUAGCUUUCCUGCGCAUGAAGUCCCAGCAGUACGAGGCCGACAAAACGAGGCUGUUGCUAAUUCCGGACGUUACCGACUUGAGCAACGUUCAGGAGUUUUAUGCCACGGAAGAUGGCAAGGGUGGUUGGGACUACAAGCCCGAUUGGCUCAUCUGGAGCCAUGACGAUAAGGAACUGUACGUUGCGGCCGAGAAGCACGCUCGAGUCGUCCUGUGGAAGUUGCCGUCAUCGCCAUUGGAGGCCAAGUCUCUGCCCACUCCUAUUCACGAGGAUGGAUCUGUGGCCGAAGCUAGAGUCCUCGGGAAAGGCUCGUCUCUUUUGAUCACGACGAGAUCUCGCGUCGAAAGCUCCAACUACUCGAUAUUAGACCCCGCCUCCAAAUCGACCACCAUCAUCUCAUCCAGUUCAAGGCAAGGUAAGACCUUUGCUCUAAGCAAGUCGCAGUGCCAGGAGAUUUGGUUCAAUGGGUCCAAGGGCUACCCCAUCCACGCCCUAGUGACCCUGCCCUCAACAUUCGACUCAUCCAAGAAGUAUCCCUUGGCCUUUUUCAUUCAUGGCGGGCCCCAGGGAGCAUGGGGAGACGAUUGGAGCACUCGAUGGAACCCGGCCGUCUUUGCUGAGCAAGGCUACGUUGUGGUGAGCCCCAAUCCAACCGGGAGCACAGGAUAUGGCCAAGACCAUACCGAUGCCAUCCAGAACAACUGGGGAGGCGACCCCUAUAUCGACCUGGUCAAGUGCUUUGAGUUUCUGGAGGAGGAAGUGAACUACAUUGAUACAACCAGAGCGGUGGCUCUCGGGGCGUCCUAUGGCGGCUACAUGAUUAACUGGAUCCAAGGCCAUGACCUUGGGCGGAAAUUCAAGGCAUUGGUGUGCCACGACGGCGUCUUUUCGACCCUGAACCAGUGGUCCACAGAGGAGCUCUUCUUCCCGGAGCACGACUUUGGCGGCGCCCUCUGGGAGAAUAGAGAAGGUUACGAGAAGUGGGAUCCCGCAAAGCACGUUGGAAACUGGGCUACGCCGCAACUGGUCAUUCACAAUGAGCUUGAUUACCGCCUGCCCAUCUCCGAGGGUCUGGCCAUGUUCAACGUCCUACAGGCUCGUGGCGUGCCGAGCAAGUUUGUCAUGUUCCCGGACGAGCAUCACUGGGUGCUCAAGCCUGAGAACUCUCUCGUCUGGCACAGGGAAGUGUUGAAUUGGAUCAACAAGUACAGUGGAAUAUCUGAAAAAAACUAG